AUGCCAAUCGCAACGUCGGAGCAGCAGCAACGGCAACAUCUGCAACAUGAAAAACGUGAACGUGAACAACGGCAACAUCAAGAACAAUAUGUGAAGCAACAACAACAGAACGAGCAACAACAUCACCAAGAUGGAGAGAUGUGCUUUGAAGUCGUCAUCCAAGAAGAGGAAGAGGAUUCGGCGAAUUCAACUUCAUCCACAACCAGUACCCCACCAGCUUUAAGGACUCAAUCCUUAGUCAUCCGUGGUCUUCACAGAGAGACAGACCCGGCUGACAUAAUGGGCGAACUCAAUGAAGAGUAUCUGAUACCUAAAGGUGAAAAGCGUGUCGAAUCUAGUCACGCGAGUCGACAAGCUUCUGCACAGCCAGAACCCGGCACUUCCAUUGAAAUUGCAAUCGGGGCUGUUCAUGGCUACUUUCGAGCUAGAACAAGAGCUCAAUGA